AUGUUCACCUGUAAGAGUCCACGUGAUAGUCAGAGCCAGCACAGAAACAUCUCAGUAUCUGCUGCUGUUUCCAGAGCGCUGUCGAGGAGAGCCGUCACCCUCAUGAGUUCAGGUCUCCCUGAGUCACGGUUCUGCAGUGAUGUGAAGCUUCGGCGUCAGUCCAGCAGACUAAGACCCUCACUAACCAAAGAGCCCGUCCUCCUCGUCACGUCAAAGAUGAUGUCAGCGUUUAAAGUGGAUAUGAACAGCUGUCAGUCAGAGGUCAGAGGUCACAUGUGUGUGCUGGCUGCACUGCUUCUCUUCGGGUCUGCGACACUGGCUAUGUGCUGGAAAGACGACCCCAGGUGUGACUGGAGCCCGGCUCAGAUCGUCAUCAUACUGGUUAGUGGUCCACCAUUACCAGCUUAUUACUGGCUGGCACUGGGUCUGUUGUUUUAG